CAGAAGACAGCCCGUCGCUGUCACCGCUGUCAAAUCUCAAAUCCCAUUCUAUCGAUGUCAUCUGAUUAGCGUGUUGUCAACAACAAUAAAAAAAGCCAAUAUUUUGGUUUAUAAUCCAAUCCGAAUAGCCUUCAACAAACGAAUUGAUUUCCUCGAAUAUGAUGUCAUCUACUUCGCGUACCAAACACUAACACAAACACGGCCGACUCGAUCUCAACAACGCCACUCGAAAUCGAUACAUCCAAUGGAGGGAACCCACUAAAUUCACAUGCAUUAACGAUCGAAAAUCCCAGUUUAAAAUGACCGUAAACGUGCCCAACAUGCCCACGGUGAGGAAGUACCGCAGGGAAAGUACCGAGGUGAGCGGCUGCCUGAAAUACAUGAUAUUCGGAUUCAACGUGUUGUUCUGGCUCCUAGGGCUCGGGAUCCUGACGGUAGGCGUGUGGGCGUGGAGCGAAAAGGACAUAUUCAAUAACUUGGGCAAAGUGGCCAACGUGGCCCUCGAUCCGGCCUUCGUGUUGAUCUGUAUAGGUACCGUAACGUUUGUGAUAGGCUUCACGGGAUGCGUGGGGGCGCUUCGGGAGAACACUUGCCUUUUAGCCGCUUAUGCUCUAUUCUUAUCGGUGUUGCUCCUGUUCGAAAUGACCGCCGGAAUACUCGGAUUCAUCUUCAAAGAUUGGAUCAAAUCGCAAGCGACCAUCGGCUUUCAAACGUUCAUUAUACAUUACAGAGAGGAUCCCGAUCAGCAGAAUCUCAUCGAUUGGAUACAGGAGGAUUGGUUGCAAUGCUGCGGAAUCGAGAGCCCGAAGGAUUGGGAUAAAAACAAUUAUUUCAAUUGCUCGUCGAGAGCGGUGGGCAGCAGGGAGGCCUGCGGAGUGCCAUUUUCCUGUUGCAAGAGAAAACCGAACGAGAUAAUAAAGAACAAACAAUGCGGAUACGACGUUAGAAAACCGGGAUUUAAUUUCGAUGUGUCGAAAAUAAUAAACGAACAGGGCUGUCUCGAGGCCAUCGAGGAUUGGACCGAAAAAAAUAUGAUUUCGAUAGCUUCUUGCAUUUUUGUUGUCUUGUUUUGCCACGACGUCCCGAAGUGGAUUCGAGUUCGGCGAAUCCAUCGCCCGGUUCGUUCGAAACUCUCUAUUUUUUGGGACGCACUGUAUAAUUUGGUGAUCGAGACGCUUGUAUUUGAUAUUAAGGUAACUUUAUUUGUGCAUUUUAACAUGUGAUUUUUACACCUCUAAGGCUCAUUUAUACUAUAUGUUUUGUCUAUACAGGGUGUCCCACGAUGAGUUAAAAUUAUCUGUGUAUUAAGAAACUACUUAUCCGAUUUCAAUAAUAUUUUGGUAUGUAUUUUAUUUAGCAAUAAAAUGAAGGAUGUCGUAAUCAAGAAGAAUUUACAUGGCCAACUUAUAAAAACUAUUUAAUUGAGAAUUAGGCAGAAAUGUAAGUUUUAAGUAAAAUGUUUAAUAUCUUUAAAAACUAUUAGGUUUAGGUAUAGGGAAGUAAACAUGAACUUCCCUUAUUUUUUACCGCUGAUUUCAUUUAAAUAGAAAAAAAUGGGUGGUUCCAUUUAAAAAAAUAAAGAAAUUUGAUAUUUUUGAAGUUCAACUUUUCGCAUUUUUUGUACACACCCUGUAUAAAAUAAAAAGUUUUUUAACGCAGAUUCAAAUACCUUUGACCUUACUAGUAGCCCUCCUACAAAAACCAUUUCCAUAUCUUUAAGGGCAUUCGCUUAAAAAAAUAAUUUAUAAGGGUCUGCAUCGGUCAAAUUUUUCAAAAAAAAAUUUAUAACUCAAAAAGUAUGCAUUUUUGAAAAAAGUGUUUCAAACAAAAGUACCCUAAAAUUUUACGUAGAUUUCGAAAAUACAUCAAUAUACAGGGUGUUCCAUUUGAAAUAACAAAGUUAACACCUACUUCCGGUAUAACCGGAAGUGGUACGACUGUCAAAAUAUUUUUAAUAACUUCAUCUUAUUACAAAACAUAUACAUACCAAAUAUUAUUGAAAUCGGAUAAGUAGUUUCCUAUGUACAGAUAGUUUAAACUCGUCGUGGGACAUCCUGUAUAAUGUGUUCGAUUUAACGUAUCGAUGACGUCGCAAUUUGAAAAAAAAAAAUGUAUUGAAAUUUGGAAUUUUUGGGACAGACUGUAUGUAAGCAACUUUAUUUGUGCAUUUUAAAUGUGAUUUUUAUAUUUUUAAGGUUCAAUUACUAAAUUUAUUUAUUUUUUUCGAAUAUAGGAUGUUCAAGUUAACGUAUCGAUGACGUCACGACGUGAAAAAUCGCGUAUAGUGUGUUUAAUAAUUACAUUUCGUGACGUCAUUGGAUGGGUAACUCGAUUUGGUAUGCACAAGAACCGGUAAACGAACCUGAUUUUGAUAUUUUUUUUUUUAUUUACAUAUAUUUUUUUUAUAUAUAUUUUUACUGUUUUUGAUUAAAUCAAGCUAACAAUUUGUACCUUAUAUUGCAAUUCGAAUUUGUCACAAUAAAAAGCGCGAGAUUUUAUUGUAUUAUAUAUUUGAGAAAAAUUGAAUGCUUAGAUAUACAGGGUGUUUCUGAAAUAAGUGGAGAAACUUUGGGAGCAAAUAGAGAACUUCAAAUAUGAUAAGAACUUAAAUGUCAUUUUUAUCGAAAUGUCAAGUUUUUGAAAGAAUUCAUUCCUACUAGAUUUUUAAAGAUGACAAAAUAGUUUAAUAAUUUUCUGUAUCGGAAUUUUAAAAGUAAUUUUUCACGAAAACGGUUCACUUUACGAAAAAUCAACAAGUACACCUUGUUUAUGUAAAAAACUUCAUUUUUUAAUAAUUUUUAAACAAAUCAAUUGAAAAGAUUAAAAUAAAAAAGUUAGGUUAGAAUAACCCCACGAACCCCCCAUUUUAACCCACUUCUGGACAACUUUUUUAACCCAAUUAAACAGCACCCUAAGACAUUUCAUUUACUUAGUACUUGCACAAAAUUUCAUAAUUUUAUCUUCACUAUUAAUGAAAAUAUUUACAAAAAUAGCUUCCAUCUUUAACACCCUGUAUACCGAUAACCAAUGACAUUUCGAUAAAAUGACAUUUAAGUUUUCGUCAUAUUUUGAAAUUCUCCACUCCCUCCCAAAGUUUAUUAGUCCCACUUAUUUCGGAAACACCCUGUAUGUAACUUUGUCUGGAAUUUUGUGAUCCGUUCGCGGUGUUUAUUAUAGUAGGCUUGGUGAAUAAAUCUAGGGAGUUUUUGGUUUUUUUUUUUGGUAACAUUGUAACGUCCCUUUAUGGGGAUAUUUUUUUUUUUUUGAAAAUAUUUGUAAUUUUAACAAAACUAAUUUUUUGAACUAACCCAAAAGCCUUUUCAGACGACGCGUACGGAUUGUACUAUACCUAAGUUUAAUUCGAAUUUUUCACAAUAAAAAAAGUGAGAUAUAAAUUGUAUAACAUUUGCGAAAAAUAAAAAUAAAAUAGUUUUAACAUUUC